GCGACCCCGCGAUAUUACUUCCGGGGCACACAGAGAAAACAAGCAGCCAGUGUGGCUACAGGGAAAAGAAAAGCGUGCACUUCGGACAUUAGCAAUGCGAAAAGGCGGCUGUGUCUCUUGAAUCCAUCCUCCGACGCUUCAUCAUUUGGCCCCAGCUGCUGCCUGAACAUAUAUAACAACUGACACAGAAAAACAUGACAGAACCACGCAACCCAGGGAUGUCCUCAAUCCCUCAGACAGCCCCAGUGCACACCGACUCCUCCUCCCCGGCUGUAGAGAUGGACCCAGUGGAGUAUACCCUUAGGAAGCGCCUCCCCAGGAAACUCCCAAAGAGGCGGAACGACGUCUAUGUCAACAUGAAGACUGAUUUCCGGGCUCAGCUGGCACGCUGUCAGAAGCUUCUGGAAGGUGGGGGUCACAGGGAGAUCUGUGUCCACGGCCUGGGCCUUGCCAUCAACAGGGCUAUCAAUAUUGCCCUUCAGCUGCAGGCCAGCAGCCAGGGGGCGCUGCAGCUGGCAGCCAACACCUCUACAGUGGAGCUCGUGGACGACCUGGAGCCUGAAGAUCCAGAUGAGGCCGGGGAGCCUAUGACGCGAACUCGCAACAACUCUGCCAUUCAUAUUAAGGUUUUCUACCCUGACCCUCAGUGACUUGAACAGAGGUGUACCCGGUGUGUCAGGCAGUUUCUCAGUUAGUCUUCACAUCCUGUUUCCUCAUAAUCCAGUAGACCAGAAAACAUUGUCUGUUUGGACUGUUUAUGUGGAAACUUAUAAUGACAGCAGCAGAGGACUGCAGAAAGGAGCAGUGCGUUGUCUGUAUCACUGCGUCAGAAUGGACAGGCCUUAGUUGACCGGGUAUAUUGUGCUGUUACUUUUUGUCGUGUGUUGUGUACUUGUGCUUUUUAAGUUUGCAUGUCUUGAAGGAGUGGUGGCGUUUUCCCGGUGAAAUCUCAGUGUAAUUUAAUACUUGAAGUCAUGGCUGUGCCAGAUCUGCACGUACAAGCGUCUUUAAUUUUAAGGCCUCUGAGUCUGUGCAAGUGUUUAGAUUUAUGUCUGCGUUUUCAAAGAUACAAAUAAGC